AUGACUGUCACUAUCAAGAACAUCAUUCUUUUCCUUGCCGCGCUGGCUGUCUCGGUGCUUGUCAACGCGAACCUCGCCGCCGCCCUGCCGCCCCCAGCACCAGACUUGUCCAUUGCGAAUGCUGUUCGAUUGCUGGCGCCGCGCAACCUCACCCAACAAGGUUCCUGCCCGUCAACUCAACCCGAGACUCAAGCUGGCUGCUCCACCUGCACCGAGUGCUGCAUCUUCGAAUUCAACGACGCCGGCUGCGGUCAGCAUUCCGUCGAAGAGAUCGGCAUCAACGACUUCGACUGUCACCCGCUCUGGAUCGACAUGAACAACGUCUGGAUUUCCGAGUGUACCGGUGUCUUUGCCGAGUGCAUGCUUUGGAAGAAUUCAGACUGUACCGGUGAAGAUAGCUGGUCAAUCGACAACACACAGGACGUCUGUCAUCAUACGCAGUAUUGGAUCGGGGCAAUUCAGUGCUAUCAAAGUGACGAGAAGAAGCAGCUGGCCAUAGAUGCGUCUCGAGCAAGAGAUCGUGCAUAG